UUCAAUAAAACCAGUCAGUAUAACCAAGUUUUCAUUUUGGGAUUUGUAUGAUUUGGGAGAAACAAUGUCAAUUUGACAACUAAAUCAAUUUUAAAAUUUGCAGUUUCAUUUUAAUAGAAUGGCAGCUGCACCGUUUGACUAAAAAGGCUUCAAAUAAACUUGCAGAUCAAACUUUAGAUGAACAAAUGCAUUAUCUUCUAGUCAAAAUCCAAUAGAAAGUUUAUGGAUUGUGACAAACAAUCUCUAAUGAUUGAAAAUGAUCUUCGCCUUCACGUCCAUGACUUGUAAAAGAAAAGAAAAGAAUCCAUGGUCAUAGACAUCCACGAAACAGAAUCCAACGGCUAUGCCUGCCUGCCUGCCUGCCUGGUACAUCCCCAAUCUCCCCAUCUGCGGAGACCUGGAGCCGCUCCUCACUCAUUUCUUUGGAACCCCAAAACCCACCACAAAUCAGUUUGUCAAAUUCCCCUUAACCACAGUUAACUCCACAAAAUAAACCAUGGUUACUUAACCCACAUCCCAAUUAUCAAUUAUCACCCACAUUUCUCCACAUGCACUCUCUAUAUAAGUCUCUGUUUAUCUAUUCAUUUUUCUUAGCUUCCAUUGUUCCCAUUCUUCUUAUGCUGAAAGAUUCUUCACAAUGAGUUGCAAUGGCUGUAGAGUUCUCCGAAAAGGGUGCAGUGAAAAUUGCAUUCUUAGACAAAGCUUGCAAUGUAUAGACAAUCCUCAAGCCCAAGCCCACGCCACCGUUUUCGUCGCCAGGUUCUUUGGCCGCGCUGGCCUUAUGUCCUUCCUUUCUUCCGUGCCCCAGACUCAAAGACCUGCUUUGUUUCAGUCACUUUUGUUUGAAGCCGUGGGGAGGAUGGUGAACCCCGUGAGUGGAGCCGUUGGGUUGCUGUGGACACGCAACUGGAACGUCUGCCAGUCGGCGGUGCAGACGGUGCUUCAAGGAGGCACGUUGCACCCGCUGCCCGAAUUUAGCGGUGGGGUUUCAGGGUCAGACUUUGAGGAUGUUUCAGAAACGGUUGGUGGGGGGCAGUUUUUUGGGACAAAAGAGCAUGAUUUUGUGAAAAUGAAGGAUUUCGAUGAAGUGAUUAAAUGUAAAGCUACUGAUAUUGAUCUCUGCUUGAUGAUCGGUGAUGAUAGAACGGUGAAGAGGAUGAGAGAAGCUACGCCGUCGUCGGAGGAGUCAGAAACGACAACGUUGGGAAGCCGUUCUCCUGGAGAUGGCAGUAGUUCAAAGGGCGGCGGUGAACAAAAGCUUAUGAGACUAUUCAUCUGAGAAAACUUUCAAUCUUUUUUGGAACUUAGUAAUUUUGAUUUAAGUUACCAUAAGAUGUAUGAUCUUUUCCUUCAUAUUCGGCAUGUUGAAGUUCCAUGAAAUUUUGUAGAAUUUCGAAUUACCCUUAUUAAAAAAGCUUUAUAUUUAUGAGUUAUUGAAUAAGAAGAACUGAAGAA